AUGUAUCAAGCUUAUCAAAAGAUCAAUGCCUCGAUGCAUACUAUGUGGGGUCACAGUAAACCGGCAGAUUAUUUGAAGUUUCGUAGCUUUAUUUUUGGUACUGGACCUGGCAAGCGUCUCAACAAAAUGUUUCCAAACGGGGUAUUCUAUGAGGGCGUCAGUAAUGAAGCAUUGUAUUUCAGAGGCGAAUCUGGUGCCAAUGAUUCGAUGAUCCCGGUGGGAGAUAAUCUUCUAGAGAUCACCGCUCGAUUACCGCAAAAUGAAUUUACUGCGAUUUUACGUGACUUCCGUACAUAUCGCCCUAAGACUCAGCGUGAUUAUGUUGAAUCUGUCGAAGCACGUGCGACAGCUUAUCAAGUUAAACGAUUUGCUGAAGCGGAUCCUACUAGUUUAGCACUCUAUGUGCUCAAUGUUGAUCAAAUCCGUGAAUUCAGGGAUAGACAUUGGAAAUUUACCAAGUCUUAUAUCCUUGAGCAUACCACUUAUGGUAUUGCGACCGGUGGUUCGCCCAUUGCUACUUACCUACCUUCCAACCUCACCACUGUACUUAACGUACUUGGUGACGCUAGUAAGAUGUUGGGCAAUAAGCCAUUGGUUGACCAAGUUGACUUGCCUUCCGAAUAUCUUAUGGCAAUAGAUGAAUGUCGUGCCAAGGUAGGCCCACAAAAAGCUGCCUUGGACAAAGAAGUAGCAGCGAUUGUGGCACGACAGACUGCUAAAGAAUCAGGUCAUGAUCGAAACAUUACUUCUUUACUUGAAUCACAUCCCGAUGAGAAGAAAGGAUUACAACGUGGACCUGUUGGUUGCGACGGUGUGGGAUGA